GGGGAAAAGUCCUGGUCCAGUGAGUGGAAAAGUCUGGCCAGCCAUGACUUCAAUUAAAAUCUGUAUAAAACACCAAGUACGUGUUAUACACUCAUACUGUGAAGUAUAAUGUAAUACAUUAAUGUGUUAGACCAAAUAACAAAACUAUGGUAUGCGUUGUACAAUACGGACAGUCCCUGACUUGCGUAUGGACUCAGUCUCUGAGGCAUAUUCGUAGGUCUGAAUACAAUGUACUAUAAGUGCGCAUGCUGUCGGUUAUAAAAUGUGUUACGGUUCAACAAAGGGAAGCGUUGUUAAACUCUUAAUAAGAAAUGCAUACCUGUCGACCCUUUAUCAGUGCCUACCUUAAUACAAACCAAUUCAGACUUUAUUUGUCACACCGUGCCCUAAUAAAUAUCAACGGUCAUCCUACAAAGUCCCAUCACAAGAGAGCAACACAAACACUUUUUUUGCUCAAUUUCGCUGUACAAGAAUACAGGUAAACCGUAUGGGUUGACCGAAAUGGAAAUUUGUACAAUUGCUGACCCAAAUAGCCCCGUUCUUCGAUUCGAAAGUGCGAGUUCACGUUCUCAGGUCCGAUUAAAAAAAUAUUCAGGAAGCUCGUUCGUAAGUGCAAAUGUUGGUAAGGUGGGCACUGUCUGCAAUGGUAGUUGGGUCCAUUUGUUUGGAGGGUACACGGCCGUAUUCCACAAAAUGUAAUGCACUUCAGCAACAUUUUACAAUACUCGCUAUAACUAGUUCUCGUGUAUUUUAUUGUGCAUUGCAUGACAUGCUGUAGUGUAUGGUAUGUGAAAUAUGCAUUAUUCGCAACUAAAACACAAUUUGAGAUGUCUUUUUAAAUUAACCAACCUGGUCCGGCUAGACAGGACCAUAAGAGAUUGGAGGCCCCCACGCCCCAACGCCUUCGAACUAAAUCGUAAGUAUUGCAUCGAAGCUCGGGGCGGUCUUCUCCGAUUCGCUAUGCCUUCAGGACGGCGGUGUGGCUCGGUGUGAAAUUCAGUAAAGGCGGGUCCGGUUAGUUGGGGUAUCACCAUUUGCUAAACUAUUGAACGUCUAAACCCCCAAACAGAUUCCAUACAGUUAAAAGUACUUCAAUAUUUUUUUUAUAUAUAUAACGGGGAGUUUGAAACCAUUCAAAGAACAAAAACCAUUCAGAAUUUCUCAAAGAUUGCCAUUGCGUGCUUGUUGAUGCAGAUGCCAGGGCAUGUUAAAUCACUGCAAUUAAUCCACAUCCAAAGACGUUCACUGUGCCAUGUGUAACUUAAGAUGGACUAAGCAGCAUGUGAAUUCAACAGGUGCGUGACAACCAUCAAUUGGAAAAGUCUUCAGGGCGCAGCGGAUAACUUUGAAGCACAACUUGUUUUCAAAUAAAAUACAGAAGCAAAAACAAUGCUCUUGUACGCAUUCUGGAAGUAAAAAAAACGGAACGCGAAUGCACCGUAUCCACAGCAGUGCUCACAAUGUUAGGUAGAGGGCGGUACUAAAAGCUUUUUUUUCCCAGCAAAAAAAUAAAGACCUAUAACCCACACGCGACGAAAUACUGUAUAAAAUAGCUUGCGUGUCGACGCACGGAGACAAGUCGAGAAGACACAACGAAGACGCGUUGCGGUCCGUGCUACGCUUGUCGCGGACUCCACUCGAUCACGGGACAACGUCCAUCGAUCAGCAAAUGCCCCCCGUAAGCCAGCGCCCUUGCUGCGCGGGAUCAUCGUGAGCGCGCCAGUUUUAGAACAGAGCACUCUGCUGAAAGAAAAUAAAGAAACGCCAUGGCCGCGUGGUGGACGAGGGUCACCCGCCUCCGUCCCCUCUCUCUGCUACUGCGAGCGGCACCGCCCGGCUUCGCUCGCGUUGCCGGGACCGGGACGAGAAGUCGGAGCUGGACCGAGACCCGCGCCGAGACGCGCGCGCUGCGCUGGGCGCACGGCUCGGUGGCUCCCGUGGCGGCUCCCGUGGCGGCUCCUCGCGGCGCGGAGCAUUCGCGCUCGCCGGAUGAGCUGACGGGGCCCAGCUUCUUCACCAUCAUCUACUGGGUCUUGUGCCGAAACAAUAACGCGCACCUUUUGCAGGUGGAAUGCAAAAAUCGUUAUGGACCUAUGUGGAAGUCAAAAUUUGGGCCGUACAUGGUGAUUAGCGUUGCAGAUGCAGACCUCAUUGAGCAGGUGAUCCGCCAGGAGGGGAAGUACCCCAUUAGGUUCGACAUGAAGAACUGGACCGACUACCGUGACCUGCGCGGAUACGCCUAUGGGCCCUUCACCGAGAAUGGAUCCAAAUGGAACCAGCUCCGUUCCGUGCUUAAUCAGAAGAUGCUGCGGCCGCGCGACAUGGUGGCGUACGUCAAACCCAUCAACGAGGUGGUGACCGACCUGCUGGCGCGGCUGCACAUGCUCUCGGCGAGCAAUGGUGGCAUGGUGAACAACCUUGCCAAUGAGUUUUAUAAGUUUGCCUUUGAAGGUAUCUCUACCGUGCUGUUUGAGAAACGGCUCGGCUGUCUGGAGCAGUCGGUCCCGGAAGAGACGCAGGUGUUCAUUGAUGCCGUCAGGACUGUCUUUAUUCACUCGGAGAAGAUGGCGCUUAUUCCCAAGUGGAUUCGAAUGAUCCUGCCGUUAUGGAAGCACUACUGCAACGCAUGGGACGUGAUCUUUUCAUUCGGAAUGAAAGAGAUAGACAAGAAGAUGAUCAAGAUCAGCGAGAUGGUGGCACGAGGCGAGCCUUUGGAGGGCGAGUACCUCACGUACCUCCUGUCUAACGGCAAGCUGACUGAACACGAAAUCCACGGCAGCAUUGCCGAGUUGCUGAUGGCUGGAAUUGACACCACGUCCAACACCAUGUCCUGGGUCCUCUACCACCUGUCACGAGAGCCCCACCUGCAGGAGAGGCUGCACCAGGAGGUCGAGGGCGUCUGUCCAGGGAACACCAUCCCCAAUGUACAAGAUCUGGCCAAAAUGUCAUUCCUUAAGGCUGUCAUCAAAGAGAUUCUCAGACUGUAUCCAGUGGUGCCUUCGAACUCGCGCCUCAUCGUGGAAGGAGGAACGAAAGUGGGCGGAUAUGUCUUCCCCAAAAACACACUGUUUCAAUUGUGCCACUACGCGGUGUCACACAAUCCUGAAAUAUUCCCGGAUCCGGAGGCAUUCAAGCCCGAGCGCUGGCUGCGUAAAGGCACCAUGUUGGCGCACCCCCCUUUCGGAUCCAUUCCGUUCGGGUUUGGCGUGCGGGCAUGCGUCGGGCGGCGUGUGGCUGAGCUGGAGAUGUACCUCACCUUAUCCCGCUUGAUCAAGGAGUUUGAGGUUCAGUGGGACCCGAGUCAAAAGGAUAUUUUACCAAAAACGAGCACAGUCAUCAUCCCCAGUGAAUCGAUUAACCUUAAGUUCAUUGCACGCAAGUGAUGAUGUCUCUUGCUCAAAAUGUUGUGCAGCAUAUUUGACACCUUGCAGGGUGCAGCAAAAUCGGCCUGACCAAGUGGCGUUUUACAUGUGCAUUUUGGGGCAGACAUUCGCACGUUUGUGUCAUCAGCACUGCAUACACGUUUUAUAACAUAUAUAAAAGAGUGCUUUAAUGAUGAACACAAGGCAUAUUUUCAUUUAUGUGUAUUUCAACAUAAUAGUUUUUUUUUUAUUUGAACGUGAAGUUAAUAUUCACAAAAUACAGUUCAAUGUUACCAAUCCUUUAUUGCAUUGAACAAAACUAUAAUGAUUUAUAUAUGUAUUUUAAUAUACUAGACUGAUUUAUAUUGAAUUUCAUACUAAGGUAAUGAAAUGUUUACUCAGGCUAUGUUUGGGUUAAUUUCUCAAAACCAUGUUGCUAAAAUAAGUUUAGGAUAAAAGGGUAAUUUUUUUAGGUUUAAUAUUUUCAUACUGACGUGAUAUAAUGUAACAACAGCUGAGAAACCACUUUAUUAGCAGUUCACCAAACCGGCAUUUCGACAAGUGCCAGAAACAGCUGCAUUACGUUCAGCUGUCACCGUAAACUGAAAGCAGCACUUGUGAAACUUGUGCACACAGCGAUGUCCAAUGUUAGGUUUUGUAAUGUAUACUAAUGCCAUAAAACCUAAAUACGUUGUUAUUGAGAUGUACCAUUGAAUUUGUUUUAUGUUUUGCUUGGUUAUUAACUAAUUCUCUAUAUUGAAAUGUAAUUUAUAUACAGUAUGAUUUACAUAUAAUAAAUACAUGCUUAAAUGUUCCGUGUAGACUAACUUUGGGAAAGGCUCCGAUGAUUCAAGAGUGAUUGGUCAGAGUUAUGGGAGUGGCUUUAAUGCAGGGGUGCGAGAGCAAGCUGUAGCUAACCAUGACGCUAGUUCGUAAUUGGAUGGUCAAUUUCGUAAGGUCCAUGCAUUUAUCCAUCAAAACGCAAGUUACACAGGGGCACUAAGAGGCGCAGGGCCUCUUGCACUCACAAGUGGCUGUUGUGUCUCUGCAUGUGUGUAAAUCUGACCCGUCCAAUGUGUUUGAAAGCCGUAUUCGGUCCUAUGGAAAGGUUCCUCACCCCCGAUUUGGUAUGAGGUAGGGUGGGCUACAAGUAAGGAUGGACAGAGCACAUCGAGUGACAUCAGUGUUUUGGUUCCGUUACAUGAAUGUUUUGUCGUUGAUGUUGGUCCCUCCAAUAACAUCGAAAUAUCGAUAUUUUCCUUUUGAUGUUUUGUUUUCGAUUUUAUUCACAUUGGAAAAAAAAGCCGAAACCUGUGCCGAA